GAAGCAAAUCAUUUGUCGCGCAAUGUUAAAUUAUUGCGUGCUAAGUGUUCGACAAUAUUAUUAGUACUUACCUACAUUACUAAAAUUAGGUCCGCAGCAUUAAAUAUUAACCAAUUAUUUAAUGGAGCAGGGAGACUGGGAUCUACUUUAAGGAGCUAAGGGUCAUAAGUCCCUGGAGUUUCAGAAACAAUUUUAUUUAAAGCAUAUACUUAUAAUGGCAUAAUAAUCACCAGAAUGGAGCUUUUUCUAUGCAUGGCACUCAGUUGUUAGCAGAACUACAGGGAAUCCGUAAGGAAAAAUAAACUUAUUCUUGGUUUGACGACAAGCUUCGAAGGAUAAAUAGAAAAUAAAACUAACAAUGGAGCUGCUUAUUAUAUUAAUUGUAUUAAUACCGUUGCUUAAAGCCCAGUCUAAUGAACCAGAGAUUACAUUUAAUUUGACUACGGAUGUUAUGAGCUCAGUAUUUAUUCCCGAAAUUUUGGAUCCUAAAAAACAAGACCACGAAAAUAAGACAGUGUUAAAGACUACCGAGCAGCCACUCAAAACAACCAUUUUUCCGCCUAUACGAUGCCUUAGUUGUUCACAUUGUUUCCCUAAUGAGGGGAAAACUAGAAAAAGUAAGGAGAAAAAGAUGUGUCCUAUAAAACCCGGAAUACUUCACGGAUGCAUAUCAAUAUUUUUUAAAUACUCAAACGCCGCUGGAGGUCCACACGGCUUUAUGAUAAGAACUUGUAUUUCCGAUCUAGACGAGGACUAUCGGGAGUAUUGCAAGAAAAAUAAAAAACUCUGCGAACAGUGCUUCGAAGAUGAUUGCAAUAUUGUGGACAUAAACAAAAAUGGAUUGGUGACUGGCGGAGGAACUCGGAUAAUGGCCUCAAUAUUAGUGAUCUUCAGUUUGAUCAGUUGUCUGUUAAGGAAUGUGUAAAAAUAAUCCGAAUCAAACAUUCAGAGUUUUGUAAAACGUAUUAAAAAAUUUAAAAUAGAUAAAGGCACAAUGGAUACAUAAAUGUUUAUCUAUAUUACGAAUGCUUUUUUUGGCCGUCACCAAUUGUAAUUCAUUUAUAUUAUUAGAAGGGGUAUAUUUUUAUUGUUCUAAUAAAUAAAACAAAAUAUAAAAAUAUUGAAAUUAAUGGUUUGGUAUUUAAGGCAUAAAAUUAAACAAAGCUUUCAAUUUGUAAAAAAGAAAACGAAAAACCAAAAUAUUCUUUAUAACUCUUUCUUUUGUUCAUGUUAUUUCAAUUUAAUUGGAUUUUAACAGGUAAAUAUUUAAUGCAAGUUGUGUGCACUUUUACGUCUUUGUCUAUUUUUAUUGAGGCUUAUGUUGAUAAGUUGCUAUCAUUGCCCGAUAAUGUAUUAUAUUGCUAUUUCGAUAAGCUAAGCAGUUCUAACCACUUACCUAUGCCCCGUUCACUGAUAAAUAAGAGAUUUCACCGCCUAAAUAAAUACUGAACCAACCGAAACAACUACAUAA